GAAAAAUGAAAAUCACAAACAACGCUACACAAAGGACAGGGGAGUCUGGUCAAGAAUUGGGAAAGUAGGGGGGGAUAAAUGGUCGGACUUCGAAGCGUUUCCCAGUUCGAUCUUGAAUUGAUUGUGGCCCAGGAACACGAAUCGAAGAUUUUCUUUAUGAAUCCAACGUUGUCCGCUCAGGCGUGACCCCCGAGCGUCUCGAAGAUCAACGACAUAGAGCCUCCUCCAAGCGCGGCAGGUACACUUGGUAUUGCGUCACUGAGGAUGGUUUUGGCUCCUCUUCUCGAUUAGAACGUUUCUCAGGUAUUUUCGGAGUAGGACCUUCCUUUUAUCACUCCUCGAGAGGCUUCGGUGGGUCUGUGUUACUGUGUGAGCCUGGUUUUUGCUUUACUGGGUAGUCCUCUUUUGUUAUGCUCGUGAUUCAAGAUCUCUUCGAUCAGCGAAUUCUUUGAAAAAGAUCUGGUUUUUGGGCUUAAAUUUGGGUUAGAAAUUAAGGGUUUGAGGUGUUCCUGCUAUAUUUUUGUUGCCUGGCAUAUGGAUCUUCACCAGUAACUGCGAAAUAAUUCCGCUGGGUUGGCAGAUUUGAGACUCUUGAAGUCUUAGCUUUUGUUGAUGCUUUUCGCUAGAGGUUCGAUUAGUCGAUCAUCUGUUCUCCUUGGAGGGAUUGGGAUUUUCGUUUUCAUAAAUGUGGAAGCAAAAAAUGGGUGAGAAGUUUUGGGCAAAUGAAGAUGACAAGAUGGUGGUUGAGUCUGUGGUGGGUAGAGAGGCAUGCGAGCUUUUGAUAUCUUCUGGAAAUGCUGCGUCUGAUGUUACGUUGCCUGGUGAUUUGGGUGUGCAACAAGGGCUAGCUCAGCUUGUAGAGGGGUCUAAUUGGAAUUAUGCUGUUUUCUGGCAUGUUGCAAGCUUACGAUCUGGCGGAAUCUCCUUAAUUUGGGGUGAUGGACAUUGCUGUGACCCAAAGCUUGGCGCAGCCGAAGAUGGAAGCUCCCACCAAAAUGUCAGAUCGGAUAGAGUUGAGAAAAAGGAGGAAUUGAACAAGUUGGUGUUGCAGAAGCUUCAUAGCAGUUUUGGUCGGUCUGGGGACGAUAAUUUUGCAGAAAGGUUAGAUGGAGUCUCAGAUGUGGAGAUGCUUUAUCUGUCCUCAAUGUACUUCUCUUUUCAGUCCGAUUCUGCAUAUGGCCCUAUGGGAUCUUUGAAGUCCAAGAGAGUAAUUUGGGCUUCGGAUGCACCGACUUGUCUGGAUCAUUAUCAAUUGAGGUCAUUCCUUGCAAAGUCAGCUGGCUUUCAGACGGUGGCAUUUGUGCCUUUGAAGAAUGGUGUUGUGGAGCUUGGUUCGGUCAAAGCGAUUCCAGAAGAACAAAAUGUUGUAGAGAUGGUGAGGGCAUUGUUGGGAGCUCCUGCUUCUAACAAAACAAAGGUUCUGCCGAAAAUUUUUGGGCAGGAAUUGAGUCUAGGCGGUGUAAAGUCUCAAUCAGUGACCAUCAACUUCUCCCCCAAGGUGGAAGAUGAUUCCAUGUUUGCUUCAGAAACUUUUGAUGCACAGAGAGUUGAUUCAAAUCAAUUCCACGGGGGUACAUCAAAUGGAUAUCCUAGCGACAAUGAGGCAAAAUUAUUUUCACAUCCAAACCAAAUUGUCAUGAGGGGUUUCAGUCCUCAGACAAGAAUUUCUGGCUUGGAGCAACACAAGGACGAGUCAUCUCCCUAUGCUGAUGACCGAAAGCCACGGAAAAGAGGAAGGAAGCCUGCUAAUGGGAGAGAAGAGCCGCUCAAUCACGUGGAAGCAGAACGCCAGAGGCGAGAGAAGCUUAAUCAACGGUUUUAUGCAUUGAGAGCUGUCGUUCCCAACAUCUCCAAGAUGGACAAGGCAUCGCUUCUCGGUGAUGCCAUUACGUAUAUCAAUGAUCUCCAAAUGAAAAUCAAGGCCCUUGAAACCGAGAAGGAUAUGGUUAACGAUAAGCAUAAACCGCAGCUAGUGCCCGAUUUUGAUGUUCAGAUGAGACAUGAGGAUGCAGUUGUGACAGUGAGCUGUCCCUUGGAUGCUCAUCCAGCUUCUGAAGUAAUAAAAACUUUGAGAAAUCAUCAGGUUGCUCCAGAAUGUGAUGUCUCCAUGAAGGAUGGUACUGGAGUCAUGCAUACAUUCUCCAUCAGGACUCAAGUUGGGGGCGUUGAGCAACUGAAAGAGAAGCUUGUGGCUGCUCUUUCAAAGUAAUCUCAACUUUUCAAAUCCAUGUGUGAAGUGAAUCUUGCCACCUGCCCUGGAUUCGUUUGUGAGAUGUUUGAGUGAUGUAGGUCGGUGACUAGUAAACUUAGAUGCAUAUCUUGACAGGUGAUUGUUUGUAUUGAUAUAUAAAUUGUUGGACAAGCUUGUAAGGUUGAGAUGUUACAGAGUGUUCUGUUAAUGUGCCUGUAGUAUGUUGACGCGGAAGAAUAAAGGAUGGCUUCAAUUGUAGCGUUUGAACCUCUGGACUCGGUCAUUGUCAGCUUGUUAGCUUUUA